UUCGUCCCACCUACAGACAUUUGGCGGCAAAUUGCGACAUUGUUUUUCACGGGAUACUCGGAAACGGGAGAGACGGGUUAGGUUGGAAAGGAAAGGCUUCCAAAUAAAUGUUACCAUGAUCAAAGGUUGGAUUUCUUCUGUUGCAUCUAAACUAUCCAAGGCUAUAGGUGGUGCACAAGAUGCUGAUACCGAGAACCAAGGAGAUGGGAACAUGGCAUCAGAGGUUGAGCACAUGGAAGAGGGGGAGAUAGCAGAGGAGGACAUUGAUAGUCAGAGAGGCCCAGCAGAGGAGGACAUUGAUAGUCAGAGAGGCCCAGCAGAGGAGGACAUUGAUAGUCAGAGAGGCCCAGCAGAGGACGACAUCGAUAAUCAGAGAGGCCCAGCAGAGGAGGACAUUGAUAGUCAGAGAGGCCCAGCAGAGGAGGACAUCGAUAAUCAGAGAAGCCCAGCAGAGGAGGACAUCGAUAAUCAGAGAGGCCCAGCAGAGGAGGACAUUGAUAGUCAGAGAGGCCCAGCAGAGGAGGACAUUGAUAAUCAGAGAGGCCCAGCAGAGGAGGCAUUGGACAGUAGAAAUGUACAACCUGUCCCACAAAACAGUGAGGAUGUCCAUCUUGAGGAAGUAAAGUAUCCAGUAGAGGACCAAUGUACAGGCUCAAGCAUCAUAGUGAAAGAAAAGAAGAAAGAAAAGAAGAAAGACAAGAAGAAAGACAAGAAACCAAAGGGAAUGGACGACUCAUUUAUGCCGUUGUUCUCGUACCCUAGAAAACCUGUCACUUAUGUGCAAAGUCCUAUUAGAGCCACCCCAUUCGAAUCUUGUGGAAAAUAUGAAGAUGAGGAGGUGACAGAUUCAUUAGGCAAUAAAGUAAUACGAAAAAAACUUGCAAAAAAAAGUACUACUAGAGAACAGGCAUUGGCCAAGUUGAGAUCUUUAAUUCCAGACCAUAGAUGGAAAGAAUUAACUAACACCGAAAAGUCAGACAACAAAGUCGCAGGGAUUGUAGUUUCCGAGGAAAUUGAACAACAAUCUGAGCAAGUUUUAUCAGAAGUGAAAAACAAAACAGAAACUGAAGUUCAGGAGGCCAGUAUGAUUAUUUCUGAGGAGGAUACUUUUUUAAAUUCGGCAGAUGUUACAUUGAAAGAGUCACAGGCUGGAGGGGAUGAUGGGAAAAAAGAAAUCUCCUGUGAGCAAGAGAGAUAUGGGAUUAAAGUUUCUGAGAUAGAAGAGGAGGAGAAUAAUGAAGAAGGAGCUGCUUCUCAUCCCUCUGUUACAACUACAGAUGCAGAUGUCGUUCCCAUUGGGGAAGGCAGGAACUAUCUAGAGUUUGUUCUCCAGAAAACAGCUGAAGGGGAGGUAGUACCAGCCAAAUAUCUCAUUUAUAGACUGGGCAUGCUUAAGUUGGAUCCGAAAAUUGUGGAGUCAGCCAUACUAGACCAGUAUAACAUUGCUGUCAAAAAAAAGUUUGCGGUUUGGAUAGAGCACUGCAGAUAUCAUGCUGAACUUCUGUAUUCUCCAACAUGGAUAGCUGAAAACAUGCCUAAACUUAAUAUGACUGAAAAAGAAAAGGAAAUGGAAAAGAGGAAGCUGGAGAGGAGAAGUAAAAGGAAGGCCAAGCAAUGGGCGAAAGAGACCAAUGAGAUGUGUCGUGACAUCAGAUUACGGAAUGAGCAUCGUCCAAUCCUAAGUUUAUCGAGGUUUGAUCCUGAAACCAGAAAAGUCGUUGUAUAUAAACAUGUUUAUGUAGAUGAGUAUGAGGAGACUGAAGAAGCUGAGGAGACUAGUAAUUUUCUUAGUGCUGAAAGUGGUGAGGGCAGUGAGGUUGUUAAAGAUCAAGUUGGAGACAAUGUAACGAUUGGAGAGCUUGGUAAAAAAGUUAAUGUUGAGAAAAGCAAAGGUAAAACACAGGAGUGUGACAUUGCGGAAGAGGAGGAAAGUGAAAAACAAAAUAAUGGUGAAAAAUAUAGUGAUCAGGAACCGAUUGUUCCUCUAAUAAUUAGUGAAAGACUUCCGGAGAUUGGAGAUGGGGACAGAUCUGAAACUGAACCAGAGAAGGGAGAGAGUGAAAAAUCUAGUCUUACGGAUGAUAAUAAUGGAAAACAUAGGAAAAAAUUAUCACCUUGUCAAAAAGGGAAAUCUGUGGAAACCAGUGAAAUUGACAUUUCUGCUGUCGAAACGGAAGACAUGGAGAAAAUUGAAGAGAUUGGAUCCCAUUCUGGAAGAGAGAGGAGAAAGUCUGACGUAUAUGAUAAGAGAAAGGAUCGAGUUGAUGAUAAUGUGUCAAGGGAAUCCAAGAAGCCCAAAACUAAAGAGGAAGCAAUGGAAAAGGACAACGAGUCAGAAGAGAGCAAAAGGGAAUGCAAAGAAGUUCCGAAUGAAGACAAACAUUUGUCCAUUGAUCAGGAAACAUCCUCCAGCAGUCAGAUUUUAACGCAGGAAGUGGACAUCUGUGGAACAGAAAGCAAUCGGGCAAGCACUGAUGCUCUGACUCCUGAAGCAUUGAAAACUGAUUCAAGCAAUGAGGAGCAUCCAUCUGGAUUAACUGAAUUGCCACACUUGACAGAAUUGUCUAAGGACUCAUCUAUAAUUGUUGAAGACAAAAACACAAUGCCAGUUCAUGCACAUGCAAGCCUACCUAAACUCAGUGGCGUGAAGGAAGCAUCAGAUGUAGAAACAGAAAAUCAAGAUCUCUUGCAGCCCAGUACCGAGGAUGUCAUGUUUGAGAAUAAUCCAGAAAACAGGAUUUCUAGUUUGUCCCACUUGUCUGAAACAGAUGCUGGCAGUGAAACCUCAAUCCUGAAAAAUGAUAAGAAAGAAAUGCCAACAUCUGCUUCUCAUUCUUCACUUUUGGAAAGCAAUGUUGCAGUUUCAUCAGGUGAUAGGAAGGAGGAUCCGAAAAUCCUAGAGAAGAGUGGGCAAGAUAACAAAACGCAUAGUACCUACUUAAAUACAGACGUUUGUAAUUUGGCUAGUAAUUUACUAGUAAGCCCAGAUUGUGUAGUGUCACCCAAGUUUGAAGUUCCACCUAACACACCUUCUGAUUUUGUUGAGAUUCCCCAAUCUGCAAAGUUGAUGAACCUUAAUGCAAUGCAAAACAAAGUGAAGUUGGAAAAAGAAGUAGCUGAUUUGUUAUCUGGAAUGACUCUUAAAUUAAGACAUCCUGUUGGGUCAGAUCUGGAAGAAUUCCAUGCUGAAGAAUCCAAAGCAGAUGCUAGCGAUAGUCCUGUAAAGAAAGAAUCUGGUGAUGAAAGUAAAGAUUUACCAAUUCAGUCAGCGGACAGUGCCAUAAUUUCUGCUGACAAUUCCCCAAUUAAUGACAUGUCUGUGAAGGAAUUGGAGAGAAUGGACACUUGUUUGAAGCAUGACCUUGAUGCAGCAGAGGAGGGAAGAUGCAGCCCAGAGGAAUACCUUUGUAUGUUACAACAGGUGCUCCCCAAUGUGACAUCCAUUACAAAGUUGAAAUCAGGUCAGCAAGAGGAAAAGGAUGGUAUUCAGUGUGAUGCUGUGUCAUCUAUCACUAACAGAGAGAGUAGUUCCAUUGUGAGUGAUGGUGCCUGUGCAGAUGUUCAUCAAUCGCCCACAGAAAUUGUCAGUGUAUGUGAUUUGUCUGUGGCAGAGAAUGUGGAAAUUCCUUGCAAAAUGCAUACUGAGGAAGAGAAAAGUGCAUUGAAUACCACUGAGACGAUGAAAGAACACUCUGCCGAGCAUGACUCCUUGUUUACCUCUAAAGAUGAUCUUCCUUUGAAUAAUGAGGCUAUAAAUAGGCCAGAGGAUUCUAGUCAAAGUGGUGGAGUUAGGUUGGUGAAAAGUAUGCAUGAAGAAAAGAAAUCGGAUGAGUUAAGAAGUGAUUCAAAGAUUUCUGAUGAUUUAAAGAAAUGCAACAAUUCUGGGAAAUCCUCAAUUUCAAAAAGCAGUGAGAGCAAUGGGCAGAUUACUAAGCAGAGAUUGUCGAGAACACUUUCCAAGUCAGAGGAAAAACUGAAACAGGCUGUAAAACCUCCCUGGAACAGUAAUACCAAAGUUGAUCAUGGGAAAUCUGGGAAUAUUACCCCUUCGAGAAUUCCCAAAGCCUCCAAAACUAAUUCAACUAGUCAAAUGAAUACCAAACAGACUGAUGAAAUAUCUAAAUCUUCAGGUGAAAAAAAUGAGUGUCUGUCAUUGGAGGGGAAUUUAGAAGUAGUUAACGUUUGUAGGGAUGAACAUGUUUUCAGUUCAGAUAAUGCUGAAAUAAAAAAUGUGGAGAAGGAGAAACCCAGUCAUCUUGCAGAGGACAAGACUAAAGUUACACCAGAGGACAAGACAUCAAAGGACAAGACAACAGAGGACAAAACUACUGAUACAUCAGAGGAUAAGACAACAGUUACAUCAGAGGACAAGACAUCAGAGGACAAGACAACAGUUACAUCAGAAGACAAGACAUCAGAGGACAAGACAACAGUUACAACAGAGGACAAGACAACAGAGGACAAGACUACAGAUACCACAGAGGACAAGACAACAGUUACAUCAGAGGACAAUACAACAGUUACAUCAGAGGACAAUACAUCAGAGGACAAGACAACAGUUACAUCAGAGGACAAGACAACAGAGGACAAGACAACAGUUACAUCAGAGGACAAGACAACAGAUACAUCAGAGGACAAGACAACAGAGGACAAGACAACAGUUACAUCAGAGGACAAGACAACAGAGGACAAGACAACAGUUACAUCAGAGGACAAGACAACAGUUACAUCAGAGGAUAAGACAACAGUUACAUCAGAGGACAAGACAACAGUUACAUCAGAGGACAAGACAACAGAGGACAAGACAACAGUUACAUCAGAGGACAAGACAACAGUUACAUCAGAAGACAAGACAUCAGAGGACAAGACAACAGUUACAACAGAGGACAAGACAACAGAGGACAAGACAUCAGAGGACAAGACAACAGUUGCAUCAGAGGACAAGACAUCAGAGGACAAGACAACAGUUACAUCAGAGGACAAGACAACAGAGGACAAGACUACAGAUACCACAGAGGACAAGACAACAGUUACAUCAGAGGACAAGACAACAGUUACAUCAGAGGACAAGACAACAGUUACAACAGAGGACAAGACAACAGUUACAUCAGAGGACAAGACAACAGAGGACAAGACAACAGUUACAUCAGAGGACAAGACUACAGAUGCCGCAGAGGAUGAGACAUCAGUUACAUCAGAGGACAAGACAACAGAGGACAAGACAACAGUUACAUCAGAGGACAAGACAACAGUUACAUCAGAGGACAAGACAACAGUUACAUCAGAGGACAAGACAUCAGAGGACAAGACAUCAGAGGACAAGACAACGGUUACAUCAGAGGACAAGACAACAGUUACAUCAGAGGACAAAACUACAGAUGCCGCAGAGGAUGAGACAACAGAUACACCAGAGGACAUAUCCAUAAUAGAUAGCUCGAACAGUUCAGAGAAGGGAAAGAAUGUAGAUCAAGUUCAGGGGGUUUUAUCUGAAAUUGAAAAGGAGAGUUGUGAAAUGGAUCAGGUGGAGGGAGCUUGUAAAACUGAGAUGAGUUCUCAAUCCACCCAAGAACAUGAUGAAAGCCUGGAUUCCACUGCUUCAGCAUCACCUAAUCAGAAAUCUCCUAGUAAAUGGAAGGGCAAGAAUCCGAAAAAGGGUAAAGGUCGGCAAAAGAAGCGAUGGUGAAUGCUUUUUUUUUUACAAAAAAAAGAAAACUUUUUUCACUUUCUUCAUAGUUGGUUUUUUUUUUAAAAAUUCGUAUUUUCUUUUUGUCAAUGAUUGUUGAAUUAUGGGGAAAAUUUCAUGCACGUUUUCUGAGUAGAGAGAUUUUUGAUUGCAAUAAAUUGUUUGAGUGUUAUUGCUUUGUCAUACAAGAAACCUCUCAUUUCAUGCACAUUUUCUGAAUAAAGAGAUUUUGAUUACAAUAA